AUGGCUAAUGAAUCGGACCAAGAGAUUAUUGUCGUGGUACCGAAUUGGUUGUUCGAAGUCGAACCACUUAAAAUAGGUCUUGGGGGAAUCCAAUACUAUUGCAUUGCCUUUGGAACUAGGCUACUGUUUGCCCACGCUCGCAUGAAGCUGUCUCGGUACUUCAUACUGCACGCGGGUUACCUGCAUCCCUUCGACUAUGAGAUUGCAGCCUUGACACUACAAUUAAUUCCUUUCGGUGCGAACUUGACGCCCAUUUGGUCGAAAAAAACUUCUGGUGAAGAAGAAACCGUGAUCAACCCGCGAUCAGCGCGCAAGGGGGAUUCUUUCCGUUAUCAACAGGAGAAAAUCCUGUUUCUGGACAAGUUUCCUUUAGAUACUUUGCGAACGCCGAGUUCCCUGGAUACCUCCCUAUGGUCUUAUCGAUCCUCAGCCAGUCAGGCUGUGCGAAAAAGUGCCAAUAGUCAUCGUAAGAGGAUGGUCACCUCAAAGCUUCGCAAGCAAGAUGACACCAAUGCGGGGUAUCACGAAAACGACGAUGCCGCACUUGUGCGGUGUCAACUUGCGAGGAUAGGAUGUAUAACUGUACGGCGGCAGAGGAUGAGCUAGGCGCUCAUAUGAACGGGAAGUCGGGCAGGAGAUGAUGGUCAUAUAAUAAACAAAUGAAGGGAAGUUACACUCAACAAAACCACAACGAGGUCAAAAAAACAGCA